UUAGCUAGCAUUUGUUGCCCGUUUUCAGCAGACAACUCUGAAUUGUUAUUCCGUUCGACUCCUGUGGAUGCCAGUGGGAAGAGCAUGCAGACAUAUCUUGCUCUUCAUCCCUAUUAUCUUUUUUUGUUGUCAAUAUGAUAGCUAUAAGAUAUAAGUAAGGAAGCUGGGUUAGUUCUGCAGCGUUAGUCCUGACAGUGAUGCACAAAGGACAGCUGAUCAUAGAUCCUGCGCAGCCUUUUGAUACCUUAAGCCUCUGAGAAAUAUGUUUUUUUUCAUGGCCGAAGGAUUAAGUGUUUUGUGUGAGGGUGUCUGAGGUGUUUAUACUGAAGAUGACAUGCUGUAAACCCCCCCCCCCCCCCAUAGCAUGCGAGGGAAUUGUUUAUUACCCCUAAUAUUUCAGCUAACCCUUCACACGUGACAUAACGUUUUUAUUCGUGAGUUGUCACCAUGUGUUUGAUUGCAAUUCAGAGCUGUUGGGCUCAACGGGAGGCUGUCAGGAGGCACUCGGCGUGAUAGUACUAGUGGUUGCAAGGGACAUGCUGCAAAGGUGGAGAGAUGACAGCUACAGGAAAGACUAUAAAGGAAUCAUCAUGACUGUUUUCCUGCUGACUAGUCACUCCUUCACUGAGGGACCUCGGCCCGUUUCGGUUUCCGGAUUUACCGACGCAGGGAUGAGAUAAUAAAGUCAACCAGCCGGUGCAUGCUGCUACAACAACACCUGUGGUGCCCGUAAAACCCCCACCCACACCCCGACCCACCCCCGAGUUAAUUUCAAUUUUUCAAACGCUCGAAACAUGACGACGCCGGCUCUCCUGCCACUGUCGGGCCGCAGGAUACCCACCCUGUCGCCGGGCGCCUCCUCUUUCCCGCAUCACAGGGCGACGUUGAGGCUGUCCGAGAAGUUCAUCCUCCUCCUCAUCCUCAGUGCCUUCAUCACCUUAUGCUUUGGGGCCUUCUUUUUCCUCCCGGACAAUUCCAAGCACAAGCGGUUCGACCUGGGCUUGGAGGACGUGCUCAUCCCUCACAUCGACACACCCAAGGAGGGGAAGCAUGCCUCGGGACAGGUGAUCAUACAUGGACAGGGGGGACACGAUGAGCACAGACACAGGUAAGGACCAAGCGUGGGG